GGGACUGUGCUGGGCUGUGUUAUGGUGUUUUAAAAAGCCCACUUGUCAGGGCAGUAUGUCUAGUAUUGCUACCAUAUCGACAUUGUCUUCAAACUCGCGCGGCUUUACAGAUCUCUGUGCUUUCUUAUUCUGAUCGUGUUUUUUUAUAGGAAAGGCGAGGUAGAUCUGGCAGUAAUUUUUAUAUUCACAAAUGUUGUAGUAAUUCUCACUGUCCGUAGAUAAAAAUAGCAAAUUCCACACUCAUUGGGUACUUUACUAUAUACUUCCUGUACCUAAUAAUGUGGCCACUGAGUGCAUGUCCAAGGUCUUCUGCUGCUGUUUACCGUCCGCUUCAAUACUGACCACUCCGCUACCGUCCGCUUCAAUACUGACCACUACGCUACCGUCCGCUUCAAUACUGACCACCACACUACCGUCCGCUUCAAUACUGACCACUACACUACCGUCCGCUUCAAUACUGACCACUACACUACCGUCCGCUUCAAUACUGACCACUACACUACCGUCCGCUUCAAUACUGACCACUACACUACCGUCCGCUUCAAUAUUGACCACUACCCUACCGUCCGCUUCAAUACUGACCACUACACUACCGUCCGCUUCAAUACUGACCAAUACACUACCGUCCAGUUCAAUGUUGAUAUCACGCUACCAGGCCGAUACGUUUAUCAACCUCAGUUAGUUUUCACUGACUUACUAGAAUUGGAGGUAACACGACUUUAUCCUCGGGUACUGGAUGGGAACAUUUGCCUGUAUUCCCUGAUAUUAGAUAAAGACGGGGAGUUGAUCGUAUUCACUAUAAUUUAGAUGGUGUGGAGAUUUUAUCCGCUGGUCGUUAGAUGAAUGAAUUGAGCCGUUGCUGGGGACAUCGAACAUCACGCGGAGUCUAGACAGGAAUGUGGAGACUAUGUUUGCUGCUGUAGGGGGAGAUGAAACUGGUGAAGAUAGAAGAGGUUAUUUUUAUGAGGUGGAACUAGUGUGUCUUUGGAAUUCUCUUCUCAAAGGAAAAGAGAAGCAGAGAUUGUUUUUUCAAUGUGUUUAAUUCCGCAUCACAGAGAUUCUUGACAGACAAGGGAUGUGCCGUUGAGAUCACAGUCCAACUGUGAUCACUGAGAAUGACGGAACAGGGCUGAAUGUCCUGUUACUAAUUCAACCAGUUAUCAGCAAUGCACACUGACAAAUAACAGACUCACUGAAUUUAAUGUUUGGUGUUUUUUUUCAUUCUUCUCUGACGAGGAAUGGUAGAUGUAUUUGUAAAAUAAGUGCAAUGCCAGACAAAUUCACCAGGGGGAAAUGGUCAUCAUUUCACAUAAUUGCUGCUGUGACAUGGUAACCUGUUUCCAAUAAGCGAGGAAUAAACUGAAGGAGAAAGGCGUUCCCAUCUUGCUGUCGACAUUGACCGGUUGUUAUCGCUGGGAGAUGGUUAUCGCGGCACAGUUCCUCCCCGAACGGCUCAGUACCAUAAUGGUCCAACUGUUAAAAAUGGCUCUUUAUAAACAGGCUGACCUUGAGGUCAGUGCGGCUCCAGUCAAUGGGGGCACGGUUAAAUCUGGAGAAAAGGAAUGUGCUGUCUUCAAAAUAUAUUCCAACUGCAUAAUAUUUCAUUAGAGUUCAUUAUUCCCUUCCUUCUCCUGUCUCUGUGCAAUAAACCCACAGCGAACUUUGCCCUGAGCUGUCGCUGGAGUUUAUCAUCUGACAAUAAACUGGUCCCAAGGUGAACAAUAAAUCAAACCGACGACACCAACAGAAGCGGACCAGGAUGCGGGUUGUGAUUCCUCUCUGAAUCAGAUCAAAUAUUCGAGAGAAACGUAAUCCUUGCACCGCUUGCACUGAAGUAUUAAUUCUGGCACGGACCACUUGUUAGAAAGACGCGUUCAAUCAAAAUGAGUCUUUCUGUGGUUUAACAUAAGCGUUGUAGAACAGGGUGUGGCGUUACGUGCCGAUAGGCUGAAGUUUAGGUUUAUGAGCGUAUUAUCAACUAAACAUGGUUCAGCGUGUAUUUACUUACUGGUGGGGCCUAUGAAAUUCAGAAGCUCGGAUUCGCAGGAGUCUAGCACCAGAAAGCAGCAAAAUCUGACCAGAACUGUCCUCAAAAUGGAUAACGGAGCGAGCAGUAGAGGAGUUCCAGUGACGUCAACAUUGGGAAAGGACACGGGUCCGAGCUCAGAGAUCUCCGAGCUCCUGGCAGGCUGGAAUGAUUUCCAGCUGCUGCAGCUGACGGAUUUCUACCGGGACAGGAUGGAGCAGGCGAUGGAAGGAGGGGUGCACGGAGUGAGCCUGGCGUUAACGGCCGAGAAUCAGUUCAGCGGAGAGGAGCAUCGGAAAAUCUCUGAUCUCGCUGAUAAGGGAGAGCGGGCGGACAGUUCUAAACUCCUCCUGAGCCUGGUGAUGGAGAAAGGCUCCCGCGCCCGGAGGGUGAUGUGGGAAACCUUUGUGAAAAUGCGGAUUGGUGUCACAAAGUUUGACAAAAUACUGAAAGAAAUACAGGCACAUGGUUGUGUUCCGGUCCAGCGACCCGUCCCGGAGAUUCCCAGAGAGCUGAAAGAUGUUCGACAGAAACACAAGGAGACUCUGCGGGUACAAACUGAAUCACUGAGAGUGAACACGAUCCUGAUGAGGGAGAAGGUGAAGGUUUUCCAGCUGGUUGAUCGAUACGCUGAGCUCACGGUCAUUUCUACUGUUCGACAUCGGAGACUGGUGGAACAUGAGCUGCUGGCAAGAGGCAGAGACCACGAGGAGUGGAGAGGAAAAGAUCUCCGCAGAGAGCUGGAAAAAAUCCGGACUGAUCAGUUGUUCCAGAGCAGCUUUUCCCGGAGUAAAUCCAAAUCUGGGAGUUCGGCAGCAGUGGCCGGAGUGCCAGGGAUUGGGAAAACAACGAUGGUACAAAAGAUUGUUUAUGACUGGGCCACGGGGAAAAUAUUCCAACAAUUCCAGUUUGUCUUCAGUUUCAAAUUCCGGAAUUUAAACUCCAUUAACUGCAGAAUAAACCUGAAGGAACUGAUUCUGGAUCAGUAUCCUUACUUUGGCAAUAUCCUGAGAGAGGUCUGGAAGAACCCAGAGGGAUUGCUGUUUAUAUUUGAUGGUUUGGAUGAAUUCAAUGACAAAAUUGAUUUUGCUGACAGUCAGAGAGACACAGAACCUCGGUCCACAUGCACAGAUCCUGAAUUCAAGUGUAAGGUGUCUGACAUUGUGUACAGUUUAAUCCAGGGCAAGCUGCUCCCAGGGUGUUCAGUGCUGGUGACCACCCGUCCCACUGCGUUACAUUUAUUGGAAAAGGCAGAGAUCAGUGUCUGGGCUGAAAUCCUGGGAUUUGUUGGUGAGGAACGGAAGGAAUAUUUUAUCAGGUAUUUUGAAGAUCAGACGGUGGCAGAAGCUGUUUUCAAACACGUGGAGGAGAACGAGAUCCUGUACACCAUGAGCUACAACCCCUCCUACUGCUGGAUCCUCGCUCUGGCACUGGGCCCCUACUUCACACAAAGAGUCAGGGACCCGCAGCGAGUUCCCAAGACCAUCACCCAACUGUACUCCUACUAUGUUUACAACAUCCUGAAAAACCACGGCCGAGAGAUUGAGAACCCCCGUGAUGUGGUACUCAGGGUUGGUCAGAUGGCCUUCAGAGGAGUGGCUGAGAAGAAGAUUGUAUUUACAGAUGGAGAUUUGAUCAAAUACAAUCUGCAGCCUUCCCAGUUCCUGUCCGGGUUCCUGAUGGAGCUUUUGGAGAGAGAGGAUUCUGCUCGGAGCGUGGUGUACACAUUCCCACACCUCACCAUCCAAGAGUUUGUAGCUGCACUCGCGCAAUUCCUGAUCCCAGACGGCAGAGAUAUUAUGAAACUCCUCACUGAAGCCCACAACAUGACAGAUGGGCGAUUUGAGGUAUUUCUCCGUUUUGUUGCUGGUCUCUCCAACCCAAUGGCAGCUCGGGGCCUGGAGGAGUUUCUGGGCCCAUUUCCUCAUCAAACAACCUGCCGGGUGAUUGACUGGGUGAAGGAGGAGGUUAAACGCCAGAGUGGAAACACAUGGAGUGAAGCUGGUAAAAGAAGCCUCCUGAACACAUUGCACUACCUGUUUGAGUCUCAGAAUCGUGGACUGGCUCAGGCCGCACUGGGAUCUGUGAAAACACUUUCAUUCCGUGGAAUGACACUGACCCCGAUUGACUGCGCGGUCCUGUCUCAUGUCAUCGGACUCUGUGAUACAAUAAAACACCUCGAUCUGGAGUACUGUCACAUUCAGUGUGAAGGAAUCCAGCGGCUGGGACCCGGGCUGCACAAGUGCCAGGAGUUGAGACUGAGUUUUAAUGAACUGGGAGUUUCAGGAGUGAAACUGGUGUCUGCGGCUCUGAGGAACCCGGAGUGUAAAAUACAGACACUGUGGCUGGACAAUGUCGGUCUCACAGAUUCUGGUGCCGAGGAUCUCGUCUCCGCUGUCAGUACAAACCCAUCACUGACGGAGCUGGAACUGGGAUCAAACUCGCUGACAGACCGAUCUGUCCCCGCUCUCCGCCGCCUCAUACUGACCCUCCCGAGUCUGGAGCGGAUCGGGCUGGUGGGGAAUCGGUUCAGUGAGACCGGGGAGAAGGAACUGAGAUCUCUGCAGGAACCCAGACCCGGACUGACAGUGAGGAUCUGAACAUCUGAAUGUGUGAACAUCCCCGCCCGCGGGAUGGGGACAUUUUGGCCGAUUCCCCGCCCUCCCCUUUAACCCCCCGCCCCACCUUCCCCUUACCUUUAAUGGCCGCGCGCCAGGUUUAAUUCCUAACCGUUUUAACGGAAUUAGCUCCAGUCUCGCGCUGUGUGUCGCUCCCGUAAUAACGUAUUUCUGCCUCCUGUCCAGUGGCGCAGCUUCCGCCGGAUGUGCGCUUUCGAGACCCCCGCCCACGUGAGGUACCGGGGAAUUACACAGAUAGGAAGACCCCGGGGGCCGGGGCUUAGUCUGGGACGCUGGUGUCCCAUUGUGGGAUUAUCUCGGAAGAGAAUCCUAUUGUUUCCUUUGCUGAGGACGGUGCAUUCGGCAGUCUGGCCGAUAUAAUGAUGUUAAAUUGACAGACAAUCGGCAGUGACCCUGGAUCUGCAGCGAUCCCGGUCACGGCCCUGAGUUGUGAUUUUAUAAACGCAAACACGAGGAAUUCAGCAGAUGCUGGAAAUUAAAGCAACACACAUCAAAGUUGCUGGUGAACGCAGCAGGCCAGGCAGCAUCUCUAGGAAGAGGUACAGUCGAUGUUUCAGGCCGAGACCCUUCGUCAGGACUAACUGAAGGAAGAGCUAGUAAGAAAUUUGAAAGUGGGAGGGGGAGUGGGAGAUCCGAAAUGAUCGGAGAAGACAGGAGGGAGAAGGAUGGAGCCAAGAGCUGGAAAGUUCAUUGGCAAAGGGGAUAUGAGAGGAUCAUAGGACAGGAGGUCCGGAGAGAAGGAAAAGGGGGGAGAGGGGGAAAAACCCAGAGGAUUGACAAGGGGUAUAGACAGAGGGACAGACGGAGGAAAAAAAAGGGAAAUAAUAAAUAAAUAUGUUUGGGGCCCUGACUGUCCUAUCACACACUCCCAGGGUCAGACACAGAGCGAAGCUCCCUCCACGCCAUCCCAUCACACAAUCCCAGCGACUCCCUUGUCCAUUCGUUCCCCACCCCCCAUCCCUUCCCACUGAUCUCCCACCCAGCACUAAUCCUUAUAAGCGGAACAAGUGCUACACAUGCCCUUACACUUCCUCCCUUACCACCAUUCAGGGCCCCAGACAGUCCUUCCAGGUGAGGCGACACUUCACCUGUGAGUCGGCUGGGGUGAUAUACUGUGUCCGGUGCUCCCGAUGUGGCCUUCUAUAUAUUGGCGAGACCCGACGCAGACUGGGAGACCGCUUUGCUGAACAUCUACGCUCUGUCCACCACAGAAAGCAGGAUCUCCCAGUGGCCACACAUUUUAAUUCCACAUCCCAUUCCCAUUCUGAUAUGUCUAUCCACGGCCUCCUGUACUGUAAAGAUGAAGCCACACUCAGGUUGGAGGAACAACACCUUAUAUUCCGUCUCGGUAGCCUCCAACCUGAUGGCAUGAACAUUGACUUCCCUAACUCAGUUAAUGCCCCCCUCCCCUUUAUACCACAUCCGUUAUUUAUUAUUUAUUAUCAUUAUUAUUUUCCCCUUUUUCCUUUCUCUUUUUUUUCCCCCUUUGUCCUUCUCACUAUAGCGCGUUCACCUCCCCCUUUCUUUCUCCCUCGGCCUCCUGUCCCAUGAUCACCCCCCCCCCCCCAUCUCUGUAUACCUUUUCCCAAUAAAAUGUUCAGCUCUUGGUCUAUCCCUCCCCCUCCUGUCGUCUCCUAUCAUUUCGGAUCUCGCCCUCUCCCUCCCACUUUCAAAUCUCUGACUAGCUCGUCUUUCAGUUAGUCCUGACAAAGGGUCUCGGCCCGAAACGUCGACUGUACCUCUUCCGAGACAUGCUGCCUGGCCCGCUGCGUUCACCAGCAUUUGUGUGUGUGUUCCUUGGUUAACGUGGCCGCCAGGGAUGGAGUGAGACAUUGACUUACAAUGGCCAAUGUCUCUCACAGAAUCUAUGGCGAAGGAACAUGCGGUGCCCGUGGAUACAAUCCCGGGAUCGAGUGUAAUAACAGUAUUUUAAUUUGUGUUUUAUAUAGUUUUGGGUAUUGCAUGUAUGUUUUAAUUCUAAUAUUUUUUUAAUUGAAUAUACUAAUGUAUACAUCUCAGCAAUUCACACAUACACAUAUACAUGUGGGUUUUGGGGAGGAGGGGUGAGGGGUUUGGGAGGAAGAGGAGUGAUGGGACGAGGAGUGGACUGAUGGGACCGUGACCGUGGCGAAGUCACUGACUCAGUAGGGGACUAAAUGGGGAGGAGAGAGUUCCUGUCACAAACUGGUGGCGACCUGGAUAAGAUAGAGAUGGGGUGAGGAGGAGUGAAACGACAGGAAGGGAGCAGGAGUGAUGGGACCAGGAAGGAGAGAAAGGGACGGGGAGGGAGGAGAAGU